CUGUCGCGUCGUUGCUUGCACAGUUUGCAGCCAGUUUCGUGCCGGUCUCUGGUUGGUCCAGACUUAUUUCUCGCGACUCGUAUUUUGUUUGUUUGGUCUUCUACUUUCCAUAUUCACAUUAAAUUCGAUCAUCAAUCGACUAUUUAAUUGUAACUACUAUAGUAGUGCGAUUUACUAUUUGCGCGUUUAUUGUCCGGCCUGUUUUUGAUCGCGCUGAAGGUGUAUAUUGCAAGUCACAAGGUGUCGAGUUGCCAGGUGAAUCGAAUAAAUAUCACCUCAUGUUGAUUUAUUCAUCAUUAGAAUUACCCAACGUGCUGGGUAUUUGCAGUGCCUUGGAGUUCAAAGAGUUCUGCAUUGUAUAUGCCGUGCCUUGGAUCUGCAUUGACGCGCGAGUUGCUCGAAAGGCACUGGCCCUGGGGCGCGCAGCAUGAAAACAAACCAAGAGGAUUGCGCAAUUUACGUCUGGAGGGACUAUUUCCACAUCAAGACUUUGAAAAAGCAAAACGAACUGUUUUACGAAUGGGACGUCCCGGUGGAGGUGCUCCAAAUGUAAACGAACAUGGCGGCAGAAUCUACAAAACCAAAGAAGAUCCUCUACUGCGAUUUCAAUGGGGUAAAGAUCUUCGCAAAUGUGUGGAUAACACUCUAAGAUAUCGUAUGAAUAAAGAAGAACAAGCGCAAUACAAACGAGAAUUAGAUAAAUUGGUUGCGGAAAAAUUUAAGCAAAAAGAAAAGGAACGUAUUGAUGAAUUGGCAAAGGAUAAUGCACUUGGUUACACAAACGGAAAAACCAAAAGUCACGGUGUUUUUGAACGUAUUGAGAAAGAUACAAAAGCACAUACCAAACGUAUACGUUACAACGACUUAAAAACUCUGCCGAAUUUAAAACCUGUUCCACGAAAUUAUAAAUCAGUGCAUGGAACAAGUGAAAACAUGAAAAAUCUACAUCAUUGUCAAAAUAACGCGACAUCAACAACAGCAAAUGCAAAUGCAAAGAAUGUAAACGUUGUAAAUCCUUUUACAACUACGAUUACAACAACCAGAAACAAUUUGGACCGACUCACCCCUUUACGCGAUGAGAGUAAGGAAACUGGGAUCGAGUUGGUGCCGCUAAUGAUAGAGAAACGACGUAUGCAAUCAAAUAAUCACGCUUUGGGUACUACCGAUGUGACUAAAAACAAAUACGUUGGUGCGCCCAAGUGGGUGGUCGACGGGCAAAUUUAUCUCCGUGAACUCUCGAAACAAAUGAAUUCCAAACUUAAUGAAUUAAAGGAACUUCGAAUGAAAGAAUUAGAGAGCACCAGGAAACAUUUCAACACAUUGGAUAAUUUUUGGGGACGUCCUGGCCAUGGAGCUCCAAGAUCUGCCUUGAAAAAAGGAGCAAUUGAUAAAUUAUUGUACGGUGGACGAUUACCAGUUGCUGUAGCUUAAAGUAACAAAAAAAACUAAAAAAAAACAAUUUUUGGUUAUGUGUAGAUGUAGAUGUAGAUGUAAUUAAAGUUGCCUAUAAUUUAUGACAGAACAUUUAACCCUAUAAUUUUGUUAUUCAACUUUAUUAAUAUAAUUAUAAAAAGAUCAUGCAAUUGAUUAAUUACACGUAUGAUUAACUUUUACUACUUAAUCAAUUUGAUACGAUUUAGUCUCUUUUUAUGGCACUACAUCGCAUUAAACAUCGAUUUAAUUUCAUUACAAUGUAGUUAACAUUCAAUCUUCGUUUUUGUCGACAUCAGCAUUAAAACUAACUCACAAUCACAUUUCACAUUUAAACCGUUUCGGAAUUAUGUGUAUCUAAAGUAUUGAUACAUAGUUGGUAAUGUGAAUCAUUAUAGUUAGUUAUUAUUAUUAUUAGUAAACUUGAAAUGAAAUUGAAAUCGACAAAGUUCACGAGUUAACGACUUCACCUUUACUCUUACUUUUUUUAGUGUUUUGUAUAUUGUGAAGGUGCAAUAAAAAAAUGUAAAUAACUCUUUAAAGCACACAAAGCUCACGUUUACAUGGCUUUAAGUAGUGGACGCAUUUCAAGUGGAUACUUGAAGUUUAUUUGAAGAUUUCAAAUUUCUAAAAUGGGUUUGGUUCGUUAAUUCUUGUGUUACU